AUGAUCAUCACAAGAAAGACCCUGCAUGAUGCUCCCGAGGCGUCGAUGUUCUGCAGAGAACAUGGGAAAUACGAGAUUGGAUCUAGCAACUCUGCUCAAAGCGGGGGGUGUCUGAAAGUGGGGGAAGCCAACGAGAAGACCGCCGCUACCUUUUUCCGCAAGGUUUCAUGUGUAGUGUGCACGGAGAUCAACUGA